AUGAGUCGUGUCAAGAAAUCGCCUUCCCAGGAGGAAGCUGCGCGGGAGGAGGACGAACGCCAAUAUGGCACUGGUCAGAGCCUUGAAGAGCUCGAUGAGAACUAUCCCAACCGGCCUCGCAAUCACGCGCCGACGCUGCUGUUCUCGGAGCUGUUCAAGAACCUCUUCAACCCUCUGAACGAGAACAAGGCGCAGCCCGGCCGCGGGCCGUCUCGCGCGAAGACGGGCCCGCACGGCCCGUCCAAGCUGUCGCCGCACGAGCAGCGGCGGCUCAUCAUCGAGCGCUUCAUCGCGCACUGGCGCGCCGAGGUCGGCGACGACUUCUACCCGGCGCUGCGGCUGAUCCUGCCGGACAAGGACCGCGACCGGGGCGUCUACGGCCUCAAGGAGAACACCAUCGGCAAGCUGCUCGUCAAGCUCAUGAAGAUCGACCGGAACUCGGAGGACGGGUACAACCUGCUGCACUGGAAGCUGCCCGGCCAGAUCACGGCCAGCCGCAUGGCCGGCGACUUUGCGGGCCGGUGCUACGAGGUGCUCGCCAAGAGGCAGCUGCGGACGACCGUCGGCGACAUGCGCAUCGGCGAGGUCAACGAGCUGCUGGACCAGCUGGCCGGCGCCAGUGGCGAGUCGGAGCAGCUGCCCAUCUUUGAGAUCUUCUACAAGCGCAUGAACGCCGAGGAGCUUAUGUGGCUCAUCCGCAUCAUCCUGAAGCAGAUGAAGGUCGGCGCCACCGAGCGGACGUUUCUUAACUUGUGGCACCCCGACGGCGAGGCCCUCUUCAGCGUCUCAUCGAGCCUGCGGCGCGUGUGCUGGGAGCUUUCCGACCCUGCUGUGAGACUGGAGCAGGAUGAUACGGGGGUGACUCUCAUGCAAUGUUUCCAGCCCCAGCUGGCGCAGUUCCAGAUGCCCUCGUCGUUCCAGAAGAUGGUGGAGAAGCUGCGCCCGGAGGCCGACGACCAAGAAUUCUGGAUCGAAGAGAAGCUGGACGGCGAGCGCAUGCAGAUGCACAUGAUCGAAGACGACGACGUUGCCGGCGGUAAGCGCUUCUGCUUCUGGUCGCGCAAGGCCAAGGACUACACCUACCUCUACGGCGAAGGCUUCGAGGAUGAUAACUCGGCCCUCACGCGGCAUCUGAAGAAGGCGUUCGCAGACGGCGUCCGCAACCUGAUCCUGGAUGGAGAGAUGAUCACCUGGGACCCCAAGCUCGACAAGAUGGUGGCCUUUGGCACGCUCAAGACGGCGGCGCUGGCCGGGCAGAAGAACCCGCACGACGAGACGGCCCCGAGACCGCUGUUUCGCGUCUUCGACAUCCUAUACCUCAACGACCAGCCCCUCACGCGGUACACCCUCCGCGACCGCCACAAGGCCCUCGAGAGGGCCGUUCACGACGUCCACCGCCGGCUGGAGAUCCACCCGCACGUGGCCACGUCGUCUCCCGACAAGAUCGAGCCCAUGCUCCGCCAGAUCGUGGCCGACUCGUCCGAGGGCCUGGUGCUCAAGAACCCGCGCUCCAUGUACCGGCUCAACAGCCGGAACGACGACUGGAUCAAGGUCAAGCCCGAGUACAUGUCCGAGUUUGGCGAGUCGCUCGACUGCGUGGUGGUCGGGGGCUACUUCGGCUCGGGCCGGCGCGGCGGCACCAUCUCGAGCUUCCUGUGCGGCCUCCGGGCCGGCGAGAACCACGUCAAGGCCGGCGCGAGCCCGGAGAAGUGCUGGAGCUUCUUCAAGGUCGGGGGCGGGUUCAAGGCCGAGGACUACGCCGAGAUCAGGCACCACACCGAGGGCAAGUGGCAGGACUGGAACGCGGCCAGCCCGCCGACCGAGUUCGUCGAGCUCGGCGGCGGCGAGCGCCUCCAGUACGAGAAGCCCGACGUCUGGAUCCGGCCCCGGGACUCGAUCGUGCUCUCGGUCAAGGCCGCGAGCGUGGGCGCGUCGGACCAGUUCGCCAUGGGCGUCACGCUGCGCUUCCCGCGCUUCCGGCGCCUGCGGCUCGACCGCGCCUGGGACUCGGCGCUCGACAUCGACCAGUUCCAGGAGCUGCGGCGGCGGGUCGACGAGGAGGAGAAGGAGAAGAAGGAGAUGUCGAUCGAGGACCGGCGGCAGCGGAGGUCGACCAAGCGGGUCAAGCGGGAGCUCGUCAUCGCGGGCCAGGAGGGCGCCCCGCAGGCCGAGACGCCCGCGGAACUCGCGAGGAGACGGGCCGGCACCAAUGAUGACGGCGACACCGGCCAGGGUGGUGGCGGUGGUGCUGGUGGUGCUGGUGGCUCACGGGACGACAAGGUCUUCGAGGGCCUCGAGUUCUGCGUGCUCUCCGAGGCGGUCAGGCCGAUCAAGAGGAGCAAGGCGCAGCUGGAGGCCCUGGUCAAGGAGCACGGCGGGCGCAUCAGCCAGAGGGCCGACCCGGAGUCCGGCAUGAUCCUCGUGGCGGACAAGAAGGUCGUCAAGGUGGCGUCGCUCAUCAAGGCCGCCGGCGGCGGCGGCGGCGGCGACGACAGCGUCGACAUCGUCAAGCCCAAGUGGCUGCUCGACUGCCUCAGGCCCGGCUCGGACGGCGCCGCCUACCUCCUGCCCUUCGAGACGGGCCACCUGUUCCACGCCACCGAGGCCAUGCGCGAGCUCGCCCGCGGCAACGUGGACCGGUUCGGCGACAGCUACGCGCGGGACCUGGACGUGGCGGAGCUGCGGGAGAUCAUGGGGGCCAUGCCCAAGAAGGAAGGAGGGGGGGCCGGGGCCGCAGCGGGAGAGGAGUUCGCUAAGGCCGAGUUCCUGGAGCAGCUCGAGGGGCGGGGCCGCGACGAGCUGGCGAGCUUGAAGGGUAUGGUCUUCAGGCGGUGUCGUGUGCACCUCGCGGUGGGUGGUGCCGGCGGGGUGCCGGAGGUGAAGCUCAUCAAGCUGAGGAACUACGUACGGUUCGGCGGCGGCAGCAUCGCGGACGGGGUGGAGGACGAGACUGCGACGCACGUGGUAGUGGUCACGGGCGACAGCGCCGCCGAGAGGGAGCUCGCGGCCGAGGUGCGCAGCACCAUCAGCUCGAGGCGGACGGUCCCUCGCGUCGUGACGCAGCAGUGGGUCGAGGACAGCUGGAAGGAGAGCACCUUGGUGGACGAGGAGCCGUAUGCGCCCAUGUAA